AUGGGCAAGGCGGGGAGUAAAGUCUUCAGAGAGGCCUCGGUGGAUGGGGUUCAAGCACAGCCAACUCCUGCUGUGGGUGCUCCUGCUGCUGCUGUUAAAUUCGAAGGAUUCACUAAAGUCAGCAGGAUGAAGGUGAAGUGGACCCAGCUGGGUUUGGUGUUCUUCCUUAUUUUAUCACUGGUGAUGACAGGAUGCUUCUUCUGGCAAUAUCAGAUGCCAAAACUUCUGGCAGAUGAAGGCAUGGGUCGCAAUGCCAAAUUGGAGAUGAUGUGUCCUCGAUUCCCUGAGCCUCUCCCCCUGGAGCAUCCUAUCCCCAGUCUGAAAGAGGCCCUGGAAAAGGUGGAUGUCAUGCUGCGGCAGAGCAUCAACCCCAUCAGCCUCCCCUCUCUGUCGGCCAUUGUGAUCUUAAAUGACACUGUUUUGUGGACCGGCAACUUUGGAAAAAGAAAUGGCACUGACCCUCUCUCAGGACCCCCCAAUGAGUACACAAUUUACAGAAUCGCCAGCCUGUCCAAAAUCUUUCCGACACUGAUGCUGUACAGACUCUGGGAGGACGGGAAGAUUGGCUCCCUAGAUGACCCUCUGGAGAAAUAUGUGGAGAACUUCACCAUUAAAAACCCUCUGGGGAAGACGAGAGACUCUGAGCUAAAAUACGUGACAGAUGGCCUGAUAUUUCUGGACAGUGGGGAGGUUCAGAUCCGCUCCUCUUCUGUCACAUUGCGGAGGAUGGCCAGCCAGCUCUCAGGCCUGCCCAGGAGACUCCGGGCCACAAAUCUGCUCUGGAAAGGAAAAACGCAGUCUGCAAUAAAUCUGCUACAAGAUGAUGUUCUUGUUGCAGACCCAGGCACCAAAUGUCAUUACAGCAACCUUGCCUUCUCACUGCUGGCUCAUGUGAUGGCCGAGCGAGUGGCCAUCGUUGACUACCAACGGUGGAUCACAGACAACAUCCUGGACCGAUUGGGGAUGGAGGACACCGGUUUUGACAUCACCCCGGGGCUCCAGGGCCAGAUGGCUGUGGGAGUGUACUCAAGUGGAAAACCAGCCCCGCUCUAUGACCUGGGCUGGUACCGUCCUUCUGGUCAGAUGUUCUCCACAGCUGCAGAUUUGGCCAAGCUAGCCAUGAUGCUUCUGGGCGCUUAUCACCGCAAGCUGCUGGAGCCAGACUCAUUGAAGAUCAUGCUGACCCCACUGUUCAGGUGUGAUAAGGACUACUUUGCCAAUCGUACAGGGACACCGUGGGAGGUGAAUGAGCAGAUGGGCUAUGAGGUGGUCCGUAAAGAUGGCGAUCUAGAUGGCUACUCUGCCACCUUCUCCCUGGUUCCCAGACUGAAGCUUGGUUUGGUGGUGCUAAUGGCUGGCAGCCGGUCUCAGAACCAAGAUGUGGUCACCAAGGCCUACAAUCACAUCAUCCCAGCCAUAGAGAAAGCCUUCAGGGAGGCCAAAAAGGUUCUCUUUGCUCCGCCAAACCCAGAUCCUUACAUUGGCUUUUUCACCUACAGUAACAUCACGUUCUACGAGAUCAAAGUCGGGCCGGAAGGAGUUCUCAUCAUGCAACAGUUUGGGCCUCAGAUUGAAGAGCUGAUCCCAGAGAAGUACAGGACAAUAAAGCUCAACUACCUGGUUGACCGGGUGUUUAGAGUGGUUUUUGAAAAAGAGUAUCCUUGUGUUUUGCGAGUUGGCACAGCAUCAGUGUCCCUGGAAGCCCAAGAUGGCCAAUUAUUUAACUUCUACACAUUUGACAAGCGAGGUUUGUCCCCUGGUUUUGACGCACCAGGACUAAACACGUAUAAUGUCAUCAGAAUAGCCCGCAGGCCAUCAUUUUCAAGCUGAACUGCUGCAGUGCUGCAUCCCGCAGACAAAUGGUGUGUCCUUGGGUGAACAAAAAGAAAGCUGUUGAAAGACCAAGUGGAAGAGUGGGGGGUCAUUUGAGUGAUCAAAGACUGUGUCCUUUAUUAUGUCUUGCACAGAAAAUGAAUAUCUCUGCUGAAUGAUGUAUGUGUCCUUCUCACACUGGUCCUUAAUAACGCUUCCUGACAUCCACAUUAUGGCAACACGGUGCUUGUGUCUUUCCUGCUUGCAUUUUAAAUCACUCCUACAUCGUCUUGGUUUCCUAUAUCCUUGGAGGAACAUCAGAACACUGGCUCAUACUCUUUGUGUGGUCACUUACAGUACAUGAAUAUUGACAUACAUUUGAUUACUUUAAAUUCAUGGGCCAUGACUGCAGUGCUACAUACAUAUUCAUCUUCUAUUCAGAUUUAAUUUCUUUAUGUAACUCUGAACCAUUCUGACAAGUAAAGUCAGGACAUGUUCAUGGUAAACAUGAAUAUGCAUUACUUUUACUUAAAUACUGAUGUUGCCAUGGGUAUGAAACUGCUUAUUUAAUGUUAAUAUCAUGCACAUGUGAAUAAGAUGCAAAAUAUUUUGGCUAUCUGAUGUGAAGCGAUUAAGGACUAAGAGGCUUUUGUAUGCCUGUGUGACUCUUUGCUGUUAAUCCCUAAAAAUGGACUCCAAUUUUUCCUGACCUCGAUCACCAAUAUGAAUAAUACAUUGCCAGACUGCUGCAGAAAAAAUGCAGAUUCAAGUGUUCAAAAAUAACCAUUAUAAGGCAAAGGCUAUAGUUUUAUCUUUUCAUGUGAGAUUGCCGGUCUAACAGUGGGAUGGAAAUGAAAUAUAUAUUGUAAAUGUUGAUUACUCCUGAAGCAUCAGGUGCAACCGGUGAUAUAGAGGAUAUGUGAAUGCAAUGCUGCCUAAGAAAUAAAUCUAUUGUAUCCAUUUUAAAUGGCUAUGUAUGAUUGAAACAUUUAACUAUACAACAUGUUGUUGUCUCAACCCACAGAAUGA